CCGGCCAUAUUCCUCUCUGUUUUUUAUACUCUCCCUCUCUGUCUCUCAUUUGUCAUAGAAUUGAAAUUUGCUUAAAAUCCAAUUAGCGUUAAUUGAAAACGCACAAAGCGGAGUAGGUAGCAUGGACGCGGAGCAUCUGAAACGGCUAGAGGGCAGGGAAGCUGACCACAUCCCAGGCAUACUGAAUGAGUUCAACAAAAAGCACGCGGAUCUCCUGGUCUUUGACAGCUUCCACUCGGACAACCAGUGGCAUGAGCUGUGGCUGGCCAUCUUCGGCAUCUUGGAUGACGCGCAGCUGGGUCACCUGCACACCCAGUGCCUCAACACGGUGAGGAUUUUGACCCGCGACGAGUUUAGUCUGCAAACCAACUACAUCGAGCAUGAGGUCAGCCAGCUGCUCAGGCUGGCCCGCGUCGAGGCCAGCGCCCUCAAGCUGCCAGCCACCCCCGACGAGCUCAAGCAGCAGGAGGAGGGCCAGCAGCAGGAGCAGCCCAGCACGGCGCAGUCGGACAUUAUAGCCGAAGCCCUGAAGUGCUUGUGCAAUUUGGUGUACCAGAGUGCGGACUGUCGUCGUCAGUGCCUGCGCCAACACUGCCUGGACGCCAUCCUUAAGCGGGUGGCCUCCUCGAUGCGUCAUCCCUGCGCCCUCGAGUACUACGACAUGAAGUUGCUGUUUCUGCUGACAGCUCUGGAGCCAGCGGCACGCACGCGCCUCCAAAUCGAUCUCAACGGCCUCACCUACAUGACCAAAUGGCUGGACGACAAGCUGGCCGAGCCCAGCUGCAGCGAGGAGCAGCUCAACAUCAUCUGCGAGCUGCUCAAGGUGAUGUUCAAUGUGACCAGUGCCCCGGACAAGAGUCCCAACGAAUACGAAAUCCAGAGCUUGCAUCUGACCGGCGUGCUGCGGGAGCUUCUGCUUCGUUUUGGCAAAAUGGCCACCGACAAGGAGCGCUCGGUGGUCACGCAUGCCAUCAAUCUGCUGACCAACAUCUCCAGCAGCUGCCUCAUCGAGCUGACCCUCAAGUGCAGCAAUGCCGAGGAGCAACCCAAGUCGGUGGCGGGUGAUGGUGCGGGUGCGGCAAAGGCGCCCAAAUGCUGUGAUCUCUGCUUCGAGAAGCGCAAUGUGCGCUGCUUGUCCGUGCUCCUUAACUAUCUGCGGCAGGCAUUGGCUCAGCAGGAGGCCGAGGCCAGUUCCCAUGAGCUGCUCUCGCCGGUGCUGACCGUUCUCGUGAAGUGCUCCCGCAGCGAUCGCGUGAUGCGCCACUAUCUGAGGCAGGAGAUUCUGCCGCCACUGCGCGAUGUCACCCAGCGUCCGGAGAUUGGCCAGGAGCUGCGCAAUCACCUCUGCCGCUUCCUCACGCUGCCCGCCAUGAUACUGCGCGACCUCGCCGCUGAGCUGCUGUUUGUCCUCUGCAAAGAGGACGUUGGUCGGAUGAUCAAGUACACGGGAUAUGGCAAUGCGGCUGGGCUGUUUGCCAAGCGUGGGAUCCUCGACUGCCGUCGCGUAGAGGGCACCGACUACUCCUCGGACAGCGAGGACAGUGACACCGAGGAAUACAAGAAGCAGCAGCAGGGCAUUAAUCCUGUGCUCGGCUGUGUGGAGCCCAAAUCCAGGCACAAUCCGCUCGAUGACAUGACCGACGAGCAGAAGGAGAGCGAAGCACUGCAGCUGGUCAAUCUCAUCGAGCAGCUCCGCCAGGGUGGCAUCGUCAAGCCCGCUCUCAUUGACAAGGAUGGCAAGCCGCAGCCGCUGGAGCACAUUCUGCAGCUCCAGGAGGAACUGCCGCAGCAGCAGCUGGAGCAGAAGCGCAAAUCCUAAGCAGCAGCAGUCUACAAGCGACCCAAAAACAAACUGCACCUGCUGCUUGCUGCCUGCUAUAUGCGCGGAAUUGGUUCCAAUGCAGACUCGCAGAGCCACUUGGGACCGACUCCUCCACAGCACCUUCCAUCGUUCGCUUGAAUCGAAAAAAAACCAAAAUGCAAAACAAUCGUUGGGGUCUUCCAGCUAGGGUCCGGGAACGGGGGUAGAUGGGGGCCUCGCAAACAAAAAAUAGAAAGGCAAAUUAACAAAAAAUAGAAAAACCAAAAACUACAAUCUUUUAUAUGCAUACAAAAAUGCAAAAAACAGAUCCACAAAUUGAUCUAUAGACAAAUUUGACUAAUCCUUGUAAUACUUACUUAAGUGCAUGUGUAUUUAUAUAAAUCCUAAUUCUAAUUAUACAUUUACGAUCUAAGUGCAUGAAGUUCGUGUGCGAGUUGCAGCCCCAAUUUGGCUUUGAAUUUACAUUGAACACAUGGAGGAAGAGCUUAUGUUUAAUCAGAUCUACAUAUACGUAUUUCGCAGCAGCGCUCUAACAUACAUCUCGUGCGUGCUGUACGUAACUAUAAUACUAGCAACUAACUAAAGUAAUUACUAAGUCUAUCUAUGAUGGACGCGAGUGAGGUAAACUUAAAACAGGAAAUCAGCUAAUGGCUCUUGUAAACGAAUGAUUCCAAGUACAUUUUUUGUUAGUCUCAGCAGAGAUACAAGUUGUUGGCCAAAGCCUAAACCCUUCUGCAUUAUGUUUACACACUUUUAAAUUUAAAUCUUCAAAGCAGACAUUACGAAAAGACUCUAGAAAGAGGAGAAACUAUCUACUUGGUAGUCUCACAGUCACGUGUCGUGGACGUGGUCUCUUUGUACUCGUUUAUGCAUUAACCAAAUCCUAUAUAGAGCUUUAUUGUGUUCAAUUUGCUAUAGCGAUAGAAGAUAUCAAUAAAUACUAUACACAAAUAUGCAGAUAGAUGCUCGAUAGGCUGCGAAAUCUGCCAAUUUAAUCGCUCUUAUAACAAGAA